AGCUCCGCCCCCCAGCUGGAUCGGGCCUGGGAGGUGUGCUGCUACCUGGCCUGCCUCCUGCACCAGCCCAUGGGCCUUCGCUAGGAGCAGACUGGGCAGGCCCAGGCGAACCGCCCUUUCAGGAACCAACCCCCGAAGCACUGAGACAGAAGAGGAAAAUGGAACCUCUGUCAGCCUGUUUGGAGAACAAUGAUGGAAUCCAUGUCCAAGCAGGCAGAGAUGACACUCACCGAUUCAGGCUGUUGAGGCGAGUGGCCAUUUUGUUGUUAUGUUUGGUUCUGGCAGAAGGGCUGCUGCUGGCCUUGGCCGUCUCAUCAAUGUUUCCUGUGGCCGCACCUGGGCUGGAGCAGACUGCAGGGGAUGAUGGGAAGGCCACUGAGGCGAUGGAACUGAUGUCUCAGUGCCAGGCAGACCUCCGCACCAUGUCUCUCCUGCUCCUCAACAUCAGCCAAGAUGCCAGGUGCCAGCUGUGCCCAGAAAAGUGGCUGUGGUCCUGGGGCAGCUGCUACUUUUUCUCUGUGGGACUGGAAGAUGACCGCAAAUGGGAUGAGAGCAUGGAGUUCUGUGAGGAAUACAACGCCAGCCUAGCUGUCAUCGAGGACCACAGAGAAAUGGAAUUCAUCCAGGGAAAAAUGAGGGUGUACCAACAGAUGGAGUUCCUUUGGGUGGGAUUGACAGACAGCCUGAAGGAAGGACAUUGGGUGUGGCAAAAUGGAAAUCCCCAUCAGAAACAAUCCCUAUUGGAGGUGCAGUGGAACACUGAGCACAGAGACUGUGCAGAUGUCCGGGAAGAUGGGAGUCUGUUUGCUGUCAGCUGUGAUGCGUAUGGAGCCUGGGUGUGCGAGAAGCCAGCGGAAUGGGGCCCCUCAGGGCCUCUCCUGUCCUCUUCUUGGCCCUUUGGUGCCUGGGGAAGCUCAAGGCAGCUUUAAGGCUUUUUAAAGACUGAUUAUUCUGUUUGCCCUGUCUUGAAAAUGAAGCUGAAAUUAAUUAGCACUAAUUAACAAAUGAAUUUACACUGGACUUAUUGAACUGAGGCUGGAAAAGAGCAUUGGUGCAUUGAUGCAGAUAAAUGUGCUUGCAUUUUUAUUUUAUUGCACUAAAAAUAUGCAUCUUCUGUUUUCAUGUUGCAGUGGCCCUCUGUCACGUUUACUGUAACUGUAACUGUUAUAUCUGUCAUGUACAUGUAGAGCACAGUCACUGUUCAAGCCAUACCAUACCAUCACUCUCACAGCAUGUUAAAUGUUACAUUUCUGUAUAUCCUAUCAGCAAGGUUCUGGUUUAAAGUAGAGAAGCAUCAUCACUGCAAAGAGAUGAGGAUUUGAAUUUUCUACUUUUCCUUCUCUACAAGUUUCUGUAGACUGAACAGGAAGUUUAAAAUACAAAGUAAGAGAAAAACCAUUCUAAGAUCUGCAAGAAAUUAUUAUAAACUAUUGUUUUAUUAUUACAAUAAAGACAUUAAAUGCACAAAA